AUGAAGGCCACCGUCGCUAUCUUGGCGGCCACCGCUGGCGUUGCCAGCGCUCACCACGGAAACCACCGUCGUGCCCACGAUCUCUUCGCCCGCAAGGCCGCCGGCGAGACUUGCGUUCCCGGCUGCACCACCGUCUGGGAGACCUUUUACGGCGAGCCUACCUUCAUUGAGCAUGGCCCCGAGCCCACCCCGGCCAUUCCCACCAUCACCGUCGAGGUUCUCCCCACCCCCGAAGUCGAGGUGUGCCCGACCCCCGGUACCUAUUCGUGGGAUGCUACCACCAUCACCGUGACCGAGACCACCACCGUGUGCGGCGCCACCACCACCAAGGUCGGCCCCGGAACCCACACCUAUGGCGGUGUGACGACCGUCGUCGAUACCGAGACUACCGUCGUCUGCCCCAUUGCCAAGGAGACCGAGUCCAACGGUGUUGUUACCAGCAUCAUCGAGGAGACCACCUAUGUGUGCCCCACCCCCGGCACCUACACCAUCGGUCCCAGCACCAGCGUCGUGACCGUCGAUGAGACCGUCAUCGUGUACCCCACUCCCACCGUCAUCGCCCCUGGCACUUACACCAGGCCCGCUGCCACGGUUACCGUCACCGUCAACAACUACGUGACCGUCUGCCCCUGGGUCGGUGGCCCUGCCCCCACCCCCGAGCCCCAGUCCCCUGCGGCUCCUGCUCCCGCUCCCGUCGCUCCUGCCCCCGCCCCUUCGCCGCAGAAGCCCUCGAACACCUACACUCCCGGCACCGGCCUCGGCGGCAACGGUGAGGACCACUGGGCCAUCACCUACACCCCUUACACCGAGGACAGCGGUGAGUGCAAGUCUCGCGACGCCGUCUUCGCCGAUAUCCGCAACAUCAAGUCCCUCGGCUUCAACACUGUCCGUAUCUACUCUACCGACUGCAACACCCUCGAGAACGUUGGUGAUGCUUGCGAGGCUGAGGGUCUCAAGAUCAUUGUUGGUGUCUUCGUCAAGGAGCGCGGCUGUGGCUACAGCGGUGUUCACAAGGAGCAGGUUGAGGGCCUUGUCAAGUGGGGCAAGUGGCACCUCGUCAGCCUUUGCGUCAUCGGUAACGAGGCCAUCUUCGGCGGUCUUUGCAACGCCAACCAGCUCAAGGGCCUGAUUGACAGCUCCAAGGCCGUCAUCAAGGGUGCCGGCUACACCGGUCCCUUCUCCACCGCCGAGACCGUCAACGUCUGGCAGCAGCAUGGUGACGUCCUCUGCGACUCGAUCGAUAUCGGUGGUGCCAACACCCACCCUUACUUCAACGCCGACACCCGCCCCUCUGCCGCCGGUGCCUUUGUCCGUGGCCAGCUCGACAUUGUCACCAAGAUCUGCGGAAAGCGCGCCAUCUCUCUCGAGUGCGGUUGGCCCACCGAGGGUAACUGCAACGGCGUUGCCUGCCCCGGUGUCGCCCAGCAGGCCCAGGCCGUCAACUCCAUCCGCUCCAGCUGCGGUGAGGACGUCGUCUUCUUCACUUACGGCAAGGCUUUCUGGAAGGGACCUAGCUCUUGCAACUGCGAGCCCUACUUCAACAUUGAGGGUUCCUUCUAA